ACCAGAAGAACUUCGAGUUCCAUUUGAAAGAUUUGGAGUUGUUAGAGAUGUUUACCUGCCAAAGGACUAUCACACAGGGGGUCUGGUGGUUUGAAGUUAAAACAAGCCCAAGCCCCACGUUUGAGGAAGGCCUAUGUUUUACACUGCCAAACGAAUUGGUCCCCCAAGGUGUUAAGAGUAAUGUUCCAAAUGAAGAGUUUCCUUUUGAAGGAAAAUUGUAUAAUUACACAAUCAAUAGAAGUUUGUUGAAGAAGAAGGUUGAUUGUCAAACAAUUGAAGACUACAUGUGCAGAUUUUAACUUUGGGUCAAGGUUGAUUUCAAGUGCCUCAUGUAUUUACAAGCACUGUGAGGAAUUUUCAAGUCGAUUGCUUCUUUUGAAGUUGCCUUUCAUACUGACUAUGAAAAGGUCAGCCACUGAGCUUGGAUUCUAUCUAUUUUUUGUCAUCUGUUUCCACUUCACGUGGAAGUGUGCAGAAGCUGAUACUUGUAUUUCUCAAUUAAGGGAACCUCGUGGCUUUGCAUUUGUGCAGUUUGUGGAUUCAUAUGAUGCGGCAGAGGCCCAGUAUCAUAUGAAUGGGCAAGUAUUUGCUGGGAGGGAGAUAUCUGUUGUUGUUGCUGCUGAGACUAGGAAAAGGCCUGAAGAGAUGCGCCGAAGAACUGGUCCCAGAGGGUCGUCAUCAAGACACGGAGGUCGGCGCUCUCAUUAUGGACGGUCUCGGUCUCGCUCAAUAUCACGUUCGCGUUCUCCACCUUACCCUUCUGGUUCUCGAGGUCGUCAUCACUCAAGGUCCUUCUCUCCUGCUCCAAGACGUCGAGCUGACUACUCCAUUUCCCCAAACGGAAGGCAUGCAGACCACCCUAGAUCAUCAAGAGAUGAUCCAAAAGAGCGAGAUAGUGGCCAUAUUCGCAGAUCGGAUUCCUAUAGGAAUAAUCCUGAUCAGACUCGAAAUGGAAAUCGAUAUGACGAGAAAGCUGCAUACGAGUCUGAUGAAGCACGACCACGCCGCAGGUCUUCACCUGGACGUGCAUCAAGAUCCCCUUCUGGCUCUAGAUCUAGGUCUGCUGAUUUGUCACCAGGGCCCAGCAGAUAAGUCGAAGGCCAGGUAAAUCGAGACCUACACAUUCAAUUUGUUUGCAAGCAUUUGCCCUGCGCAAUGUAUGGUUGUCAGUGUUUUCUCCAAUAUUAUAUCUUGGCUUUAAAAAAUCUACAAAUGGUAGGUUGGGUUUGUCGGUAAAAUGGUGAAGUUUGUUGAUACAAUAACAAGUAGGAGAGAAAAGCGAUGUGGAAGCUUCUAGUUUUAAAAGGAAACUACAAUCGAUAGUAUAUACUAGUGUGCAGUGUCACUUGGUUUCUUUAGCAAUUUGAAUUGAUGUAUUCAUUUGUUUACUUUUUUUCCAGGUAUGCAUCUUGCAGAUUGAGAGCUGGAACUGCGACUUAACUUCUCAGUGGAAUAUGUGGAAGUGAUUGUGUAUCUGUAAAUCGUCCUUUGAAAUUUGUGUGGUUUGAGUUUUUGCCAUCGACGCUAUAGUCUUUCAGCUUUGUUCCUUUGGAUGUUUUUAUGAACCCCGUUCCUUUGGGUGUUCGGUGUUCUAAAUUUGAUCCUAGAUUGGAUUUGCGUGGGGGAAUUUGGAAACGCAUAAGAUGGGUUAAAAAUCCGAUAAUGUUCAAUACUUGGUCAAUAA